AUGAACCGCAUCCUGUUAACCGCCUGCGUUGUUCUGGUUGCCUUUUGUAGUUCGGGUUAUGCCCUAAGGUGUUACCACUGCGAGAACAGCCCUUCCUUAUGCAAGACCAAUAGUACUUGCUUAGCAACUGAAGAUACUUGCUUGCAGAUGAAAUUUGGUAAAUUGAGAACUUCCUCCUGCUGGAAGGCAUCCCAGUGCAGUAUUAAUGAUAUUGCCCAAUUCUUCCAGUUGGAUAAUUUCGAAUUCUUUUGCUGCCAACACGACUUGUGUAACGAGAGCUCAAUUAUUGGGGUUAACAAAGCAGUCUUCAGUAUUGCCUCUGCAAUAACCAUGUUAUGGAUGCUUCUGUAA